CCAGGUGACGGUAAGACCUUCCCAGCUGUCGGUGACAAGGUCACUAUCCACUAUGUCGGUACCUUGGAAAACGGUAAGAAGUUUGACUCUUCCCGCGACAGAGGUAAGCCAUUCCAGUGUCACAUCGGUGUCGGUCAGGUCAUCAAGGGCUGGGACCAGGAAAUCCCAAAGUUGUCCGUUGGUGAAAAGGCUGUGUUGAAGAUCCCAGGCCCAUUGGCCUACGGUGAUAGAGGGUUCCCAGGUUUGAUUCCACCAAACGCCACCUUGGUCUUCGAGGUUGAGUUGUUGGGUGUCAACUAA